GGCCUGAGGUGAAAUGGAAGAAGAGGAGGAGAGGAAAGAGGGAGAGGGGGAGGAGGAAGUCCAAUUCGUUGGGAGGAGUAAUGUUGAAAUUUAAUAGUCGAUCAUCCCUUAUUGAUGUAGUGAAGGAAAUAAAAAGGGAAGAAUAGAACCAAUGGAUCACCUCAUCUGGCAGGGAUAUGUGGUUGGACCGGUGGAGGGUGGUGAGGAGAAAGAUAGGAGAUACGACAUUAUGGGUGAAUGGAGUAGAGACUCCUAUCAGGGAGUGCAAAAAGACGCUAGAGGAGGGUGGAACGUAUCGGGUAGGGAAAGUGGCGAUCAUGCCGUCAGGGAUUGAGCAUAGGAAAUUUGUGUUGAGGGACGUACUUCGRCAACCGUGGAGGGUGAAGGGGUURUAUAGGAAAGGUGCGCAGGRGUUGGUGGCRUUGUUYCRGACCGGAUCGUGGUUUGGUCAAACAAAGACGCAGAAUCGGAUUAAGAAUCUUAUCAACAGGAUUGUGAGAAGGAAAUUCGGAGUAGAAAUAAGGAGAAGACCUUGCGUGAGAGUUCCUUUUUCUCCGGACCUGAAAAUGGGGGAGGUGAAAGAAGUAGCAGGUAAUACAAUUCGGAAAGGAGGAUUGGAGAUGCAUAUUGUCGGGUUCGUUGCGGGAAGGGUGAGAGUGGUUACGACAAAGAAGGCUUCGGUUGGGAUGAUUAUCCACAAUCAGUGGAAGUACGCAAAGAUAGAAGAAGUCCUCUGCGCAUGUGAAGGGAUGAAUCUACCAAGACAUGAAGGCCAUGUUCGGGUGAGGGUGAACGAUAUAGAAGAGUUACCUUGUUUUGUUUGGAACUCUCGCAAUGUGACGAAGGGCGACGUUGUGUCCCCUUGGAAGAUGGAAAGGUGUAUUUGGGAAGGGGUGAGAGAGUGGGUGACGUGGGAAAAGAAUCCAGGUAUCAUGGGGCAGGUGGUGAGGUGCUACAAGAAGGAGAGAGGAUCUAAAUCCGAGGCUAUGACCACUACGGAGGUGCGGAGGGUGUUCUCGGGUUGUAACAGGUUGGUUGCAGUGCCGAUAGACCGUAAUCCUGGCGCGACUCUGCUGAUAUGCCCGGCAGCUUACCAUCGGGCAUGCAAGGAUACAUUUGGAAGAAAUCCGAGCUUCCGGGUAAUUCCUGAGGCCGAGGAUAAGAUACUGAAGACGAUGAGAAGCGAUUAUGAGCAGCUGGGAUUGACAAGUAUUGCGAGGUGGCAAUCUGGCGGGAAGAUCGACCUUGCGUACGUUUUACUGAAAGACAAGGAUCUACAGCGGUGGAGGCCAAUAUCCCCAAGUACCUGUGAUCCGUCCAGGCUGGCCACAACUCGAGUUGGACGCGCUAUUCGAUAUAUGCUGUUCGGCUUGUCAAGGAAGGAGCACUUCGAUUUGAAGUCGAUGGAUGAGGUGGGGGAACGCAGUAAGACCAUUGAGAGAGAGUUGGGCAAGUCGGCGGACGGCGCGUUUGCUCGGAGCUAUGACAUCAAGGAUAUGUUUGCACGCUUGUCUCACGAAAGCGUGGUGGAGGCAGUAGAGUGGGUGGUGAAGUAUCAUCAGAGUAAAGGGUUUAAAGGGGUACGGGUGAGCUGCUAGGGGAAGCUGUGCGCAAUGAUGAGGAAAAUUAGGAAGGAGGAAGGAUUCGUGACCAUGACCUUCGAAGAAAUUUGGAGAGAGGUGGGGUUUGAACUUUCUCAUUCGUUUGUCCGCUGUACGGGAAGUUUGUUGAGACAAAAGAUGAGAAUUCCUAUGGGGAGGAAUUCGAGCCCGGCGCUAGCAUGUUUGGUAUGUGCCAGGGCCGAAUCAAGGUUCAUGGCGGUG